AAGAUUGACGCCGAGUUAUCGACUUACUGCCCCCCCCCCCCACCUCUCUCCUUCUCCCUUUUCUGUUUCUCGCUGCAUCACGAUUCUGCGCAUAACGCGAACGGUGAGAGGGAAAAACGGGAAGGUCUGAAAUUAAUUCGUUUAAUUCGGAGCCAGAUGGCUCCGAGUACUUGGAGUACGCUCGUAACUAUAUACGCGUGUAAAUUUUUUCAGCAAAUUAGGAAAAUCGAACCUCGUUAGAUCGGAGAAAAUUUCAUUACAGAACGUCGAGGUUAACGAUGCGCUAGUUUGCGGAUCGCCGUGCCGGUCGCCGGUUUUAAUCAAUCUAGAAUUAGCAUCUCUUUCAGAUUACGAUACGCCGCUAUGUAACGUGCAGUGGCGGAGGCGGAGUCGGCGGAGAUACGGGCAUUAAGAUGAAUAUGUCAGUUAAUAUUAGAACGAUCGUGGGUGGGGCGUGGCGACCGCGAUUAUUAAAAAUUCACACGUAUCAACGAUCGAUCAGUCCUCUCAAAGUAGAGAAAGAAGAGGUCAACCGGCAGGAUGCGGAACGUGAUAACGAGAGCCAUUCAAUCGGGCCUAUGUAUAUAUACGCGAAACGUCAUCGGUCACGGCCGGCUGCGCCUUGAAAAGAAAAAAAAAAAAAUGCCGGACAUUCCAGCGGAGCGCUCGACCGUCCGUUAAACUGAACGAGAAGCGGAGAUUCAUCCACGGAGAAACGUGAACUUAAAAAGAGUCAUCGCCGUCGGCGAUAGAACAUGGUACAACAGUAGGAUCACGUUGGAUCUCAUCGUGCGUCACACGACGAGGUAUAAGUGUCCUCUUUGUCGAUGCGCAGCCGGCAGCGACACCGUCGGUUAAAUGCAAUGAGCGAGAGUCGAGGCUUCCUGCCUUCCUCCCCGGCUUCUUACUCGUCCUACCAGCAUCAAGCUUGGCUCGCGUCGGUCGCGUCACGUUGCCGCGAUCGUUGCGGGUGUAAUUGCAGCAAGUUGCAGACGUUGCAGUCAGUUGCAGUCGCGACGCGAUCGGAAUUGCACAUGUGCGCGCGCGCGCGCACUCUCUCUCCGUUCUGUCUCUCUCGCUCUCUCGCGCUUUCCUACUCUCUCGCACGCGCUUCGGGAAACGUGAACCGUGAGAACGAGUGGACCGCACGGGGUAGAUCGAUGGUGUGCGAUCGCGGCCGUCCGUACGCGACAUCGUGUCCCGUCCGGCUUCGUUGCGCGCGGCGAUCCGCACGGAAGUGAUCGGCCCAGAUCGGCCGAGAGGAACAAUCGGCGACGACCAACGACGACGUGCAGCGUGCAGCGGAAGCGCUGAAGGCUGAAGGCUCUCGUGCGCCGCCGGUUAGUCGUGGUUAGUCGCGAUGUGCCUCGUCCACGUUUCUCCGUCGCGUUGCGACGCGCGCUAAUUACCGCGUUAAUUCGUUGCCACGAUGAAUUGACACGUCUGUCUUCAGCCAAUCGUUGAAAUACGUGGCGACGCACGUUUCGCGUAGCAGUGAAUACGACGAACGUAAACACGCACUGCUGCCUGUCUCGUGCGCGCGGCAUUUCUUCCGUGUUCCGACGCGUGUCAAGCAUCUCCACGGCGAUUAACUGUCUAGCCAUGUCUAGCUAGAUGGGCUAUGAUGGACUACGUUCGUCAGCUUUGACGUGGAAGGAUGUAGCGCGUGUCUUUAUGUCAGGUUAAAAUUGACGACGUACGAAUCGUCGAUCCUAAAUUUUGCAAUGAGCUCGCAACCGAUUGUGGUGCCUGGUGGAGAGCAUCGUCUUCAGCCGGAGACUCAUUCUGUACCUGUUGGAAGUUCAGCGGACACCUACAAGACCAUGACACCGCCAAACGUCAGCAGGUCCCUCAGUCAACCAGCGGAUCGACAACUUCGAAGAAGCAGCAUCCAAGCACAGUCUACACCAUUACCUAAACUUCCAUCAACUGAGUCCCUUGCAACAAGCAUAAAUAUUACAGCCGGUGCACCUCCAGUUUCUCCAGGGAUCUCUGGUAUGGGCGAAGGUAGUCAAAAAAUGGAUAAUUCAUCAGACAAGUCGUUAGAUUCUUGCAAAUUAACCCGAAAGGAAUCGUAUAAGGCUCAAAGAAAGAAUUAUCGAAUGGAAAAGAAAAGAGUAGCCGAUGAACUUUUAAGUUCUUUCAAAGAUCCAACCGUUAUUGUUAUGAGUGAUUGGUUAAAAGUUCGCGGUACAUUGAAAAGUUGGACCAAGUUAUGGUGUAUUCUGAAACCUGGAUUAUUGCUGCUGUACAAAAGUCCAAAAACGAAGAGUAAUCAUUGGGUUGGAACGGUACUACUCAAUACAUGUCAAGUUAUAGAACGUCCGAGUAAAAAAGAUGGAUUUUGUUUUAAAUUAUUUCAUCCGUUGGAGCAAUCUAUAUGGGCUCCUCGAGGACCAGAAAAAGAAGCUAUUGGUGCUGUAGUACAACCUUUACCAACAUCUUACUUAAUCUUUCGAGCACCAUCUCAAGCGGCAGGCAAAUGUUGGUUGGACGCACUUGAAUUGUCGUUACGUUGUUCUUCGUUAAUAGUACGCUCGACAAGCGCAUUACCGCGUCCUUUACCACACGAUGCAACCACCACUCAUGAAACUCAAUGGAGCGAGGCUGAUUAUGAAAAGCACUUUGACGAUCAUGUAUAUUUAAGUCGCUAUGCUCCAAGAACACCUACGACCCCUCAAAGAUGUUUGUUAUCUCAUCCACAAUCACUCUCACCCGCUGUAACUUGCGAUAGAAGCAUUUGUCCCUCACCUACUCCAAUGUUUCAACAUCUUUGUCACGCAGUUGCAUAUUGCGAAAAAUGUUUACUUGAUCGAUCUCCCACACCUGGCACAGAUCAAGAAAACAUUACGUCUCCGACCCCUAAUGAAGAACUAGAUGGUGAUACUAAACCGUCUGGAUCUUCAUGUUUUGCUCCUGCAUCUCAUCCACCAGUUUUCCCAGCACGUCGCAUGACUGUUCCUUCUAUACGUGUCUUAGAGUAUGAUACCCGUCAAGUAGUAACGCUAGAUCCUGUGUACCCCUCGCAUACAGACCUGGACGAUAUUAGUCAGCCGGAGAAUGGAGUAGUAGCUGAUGCUGAAAUCAGUGCCUCGGACAGUGAAUCUGAAGCAUCAGCCAAAGAAGAUCAAUCGGAGCCAAUCACCGAAACACCAUACGUAGCUAAUGAAAAUGAAAUUCUUGGAACGGCCGGUGAAGUCGUUACAGAACUGCAAGAAGAACAAAAGUCUUUGAUAUGGUUCUUAAUGAAACAAGUUCGUCCUGGCAUGGAUCUGUCUAAAGUUGUAUUGCCGACUUUCAUUCUGGAAUCACGGUCAUUUUUGGAAAAACUGGCCGAUUCGUAUUAUCACGCCGAUUUAUUGUCCCAAGCAGUAUUGGAAGAUGAUGCAUUUACACGUAUGAAAGCCGUAGUGAAAUGGUAUUUAUCGGGAUUUUACAAAAAACCACAAGGCUUGAAAAAGCCAUACAAUCCGCUUUUGGGCGAAACAUUCCGCUGUUAUUGGCAACAUCCUAAUGGUUCAAGAACAUUCUAUUUAGCCGAACAAUUAUCACAUCAUCCACCUAUCUCAGGAUUUUAUGUGACAAAUCGUCAAGAUGGAUUUACUAUCAGCGCUACGAUCAUUGCAAAAUCUAAAUUUUAUGGAAAUUCGACCUCUGCAGUUUUGGAUGGUAUCGCUGUAUUGACGAUGUUGCCGAGAGGCGAAGAUUAUACAAUGACAAUUCCUUAUGCACAUUGCAAAGGCAUUCUUAUGGGGACAUUAUCUAUGGAACUCGGUGGAAAAGUGAACAUAAUAUGCGAGAAGACCGGCUAUCACACAGAAUUAGAAUUUAAACUUAAACCGUUUCUUGGCGGUGCGGAAUUAAUGAAUCAAGUUGUGGGACGAAUACGCCUAGGAAAGGAAACGUUGGCUACUAUUAUGGGAUACUGGGAUGGAUUAAUAUUAAUAACGGACAAACGGACAGGGCAAGAAAACAUUUUCUUCAAUCCUACUCCGGAAAUACGUAAAAAAAGAUUGAAAAAAUAUACUGUUCCUUUGGAACAUCAGGGAACAUGGGAAAGUGAAAAAUUGUGGUUGGCUGUUACACAAGCUAUUAAUAGGGACGACCAGGUUGCCGCUACUGAUGCUAAAACUCGACUCGAGGAAGCACAAAGAGAACGCGCUAAAGAGCGAAAGAGUCUAGGACAAGAAUGGAUUCCAAAAUACUUCGUUCAAGAUAUUAUAACUGGAAAUUGGGUUUAUCGACAUGCUGAUAUAAGACCAUGGGAUCCAAGAAACGAUGUAGUACAAUAUGAAGAAAAUUAUGUAGUGCGCACAAAGACCAGGCAUAAAACACCUAUUAUGCGUACUGGUAGUAUUGUUUCUACUGAUCCCCAAUCACAGAUUCCAUUGUUACAAGCUGAAUCACGUUCCUCCUUAUCGGUGCUCAAAUCUUCUAAGAGGCAGCUAUCAAAUAAUAUGCCUUUAACAGAGGCUCAUGAUUCUGGAAGUUCAUCUGCCGAAGCACAUACCGAUUCUAGUCAAUCAUUAGGAAAAAGAAAACGUUCAACUACUAGGUUAAUUGACAUAAUGAAACAAGUUGAGCAUCAAAUGAUAGAACAUGGUGAGAAAUUGAAUCGUAUACAGCAGAUUGUAGAACAAGUUGUAAGAAAGCAAAGAGAAUCUGGUGAACAGCAUCACAACAUAAAUAUGUUCAAGAGUUUUGUGGAUACUAUACUUAUUAUUGUUAUCGUUUUUUCCGUGCAAUAUUUUUUAAACAUAUGGCAUAAUGAUCCAACUAAAGAUUGAAGGAUUUUAAUAAGAUUGUUCUUUCUUUAUCUUUUGUCACACUGUAUUUGAAUUGUAUGUAUCACUUGUUUUCCUAUCUUCUAAAAUUCUUGCAGCGUGGUGUCGGUAUCUUAUGAUCACGGUGGAAUGAAUCGUUUUACGAAAGUAUAAAAAAAAAAUAAUAUAAUUUUUAUUUCAAAACACAAUAUACGUGAAACAUUCCCAUUAAUAUAGAAAUAUAAAAUAUUAAGAGAAAAAAAAUAUAUACAUAUAUUAAGAGUUCUACAUGUGUUACACAUCCCGUGCAAUGGUAUUUUGUUAUAUAGAUGCAGAAAUAUAAGAAAAUUUAAGUCCAGGAAGUUACAAUCUAUAUUGUAUAUAAGCCUUACUGGAAGAAUUAUAAGUUCUCGAAUUAUAUAUAAAUAUAUAUAUAAU